AUGCCGACUUCCACUUCAGGAGACAUAGACGCACGCCUCGCGGAAUUGAAGCGACCCUUCCAAACAGAAAAACUGCUCCAGGUACGGACAGGAAAGGUCAAGCCCCUGUACCACCUGCCCGUAAAGUCAGCCAUAUACAAGAAUCCCCAUACACAGCCAGUUCAAGUCACGGCACUGGGCUGUGUAGGAGAUGAACAAGCAUAUGAGUUCCAUGGGGGUCCGGACAAGGCGCUUCUCCAUUACUGCGCACGGCACUAUGAGACCUGGAAGGAAGAAUGUCCGGAGAGUCAAGAACGAUUUACCGUUGGCGGCUUUGGGGAAAACCUUGUCAGUAUUUCCGCAAAUGAACAGAAUAUCUGCAUUGGCGAUGUCCUCACUAUUGGCCCAGAAGUCCAAGUCCAAGUCAGUCUCCCGAGACAGCCGUGCUUCAAGCUCAACCACCGUUUCGAAGUCAAGAACAUGGCAUGGCAGUCCCAGAUGAAGAGCAGGACAGGAUGGUAUUAUCGGGUCUUGAAAGAGGGCUACAUCUCCGCGGGCGACGAGAUUCGGCUCAUGGAUAGACCGAAUCCGAACUGGAGCGUGGCAGCCGUCCAACACUACCUGUAUCGCGAUAUGAAGAACUUCGAAGUCAUGGCCGAACUGGUAACACUCCCGGGACUGGGUGCAGAGUCUCGUACAAUCUUCGAAAAUCGACUGAAGAAGAAUUUCGAGAACCAGGACGAAAGGAUGUUUGGCGACGACUCUCUGGCACUCGAGGCAUGGUCUGACUACAAGCUGGUAGAAAAGGUUCGACAAACAUCACGAAUAUGCUCAUUCGUCUUUGAGGCCGUCGACCAGCAUCUGCCAGACCACAAUGUCGAACCGGGAUCGCAUGUGCGCCUGAAGCUGGGAGGCAAGCUGAUGCGAGCCUACUCUGUCGUGAGUGGCACCAGAAAUCGCUUUGAGCUGGGUGUGGCUCUGGCAGACGAUUCUCGAGGCGGCUCCCUACACUUGCACCAAAAGGUCAAGACGGGAGAUGUCAUCUCAGUCAGUCAAAUUGUCACCAGCUUUCCGCUGGCGCCUGACGCCGACGAACACAUACUCAUCGCUGGUGGCAUCGGAGUAACCGCCUUCCUCCUCGCUGCGGAGCAGAUGAAAAAGUCAGGGGAGAACUUCACAUUGCACCUGGCGGUCCGGUCGGCACACGAUGUGCCCUUCCGGGAGCGACUGGCGGACUUGGGCCUGAAGGUCAUCGUUCACGACAAACGGGCAGGACGGCGUCUGGACCUUGCCCAAGUAGUAUCGAAAGCGACAACAAACACUCACAUCUACUGCUGUGGAUCUUCUCGACUGAUGGACGCCGUUGCGACUGCCGCCAAACAAUAUGGGCUGGCGGAUGAGCAGGUACACUUUGAAGCUUUUGCGAUCCCGACAACAGGAGAUCCAUUCACCGCCGACUUGGUGGUGAGCAAAAAGACGGUGGAGGUGCCAUCGACGCAGACCCUCCUCGAGGCACUGCGGGACGCCGGUAUUGACGUGCCGUCGUCUUGUGAAGCUGGAAGCUGCGGGACUUGUCGUGUCAAUGUCGCAAGGGGACGUAUCGAUCACCGCGGGACCGGCCUGUUGGACUCGGACAAGGAAUUCGCAAUGUUGGCUUGUUCUUCUAGGGGGGUUGGUCACAUAGAGCUGGAGCUGUAG